UAGAACCACUUCCCCACUGUUUUUCAAAUCGAUACGUCAUUAUCAAACAUUGAUUUGAAAUUCACUUUGUUUUGUUUAGUUCUGAAAAAUGUUUUCUAAGGAAACCAUACUCAUCCUAGGUCUCUUGACCAUGGUUGCUCUUAUAUCCUCUAACGUGACAGCUAGAAACCUUGCUGAGACCUCCCCAAUGUCUACAACGGGUGAAGUUGCUAAAGAGAAAAAAGUGAGUGAUGUGAAAUAUGAACAAAAUCCAAGUCAUGGGGUUUGUUCAACGUCAAAUUGCUUUGGUUGGGGCAUUCCAGGUUUUGGUAGUAUCUUCCCUGGAUGGGGUAUCCCUAUUGGUGGUGGUGGGCCUGGAGUUGGUGGACCAGGAAUGGGCAAGCCUGGUGGUGACGGACCCGGAGGUGGUGGCGGACCCAAAGGUGGUACAGGGUCUGGUGGUGGUGGACCCGUAGGUGGUGGUUAUGGAGGCGGGCCUGGAGGUGGUGCAGGGCCUGGUGGUGGUGCAGGUCCUAGUGGUGGCGGAUCCGGAGGUGGUGCAGGUCCUGGUGGUGGUGGACACGAAGGUGGUACAGGACCUGGUGGUGGCGGACCUGUAGGCGGCGGUUACGGAGGCGGGCCCGGAGGUGGUGCAAGUCCAGGUGGUGGUGAAUCUGGAGGUGGUGCAGGACCUGGUAGUGGCGGUUAUGGAGGUGGGCCUGGAGGUGGUGCAGGGUCUGGUGGCGGUGGCGGGCCCGGAGGUGGUACAGGGCCUGGUGGUGGUGGUUAUGGAGGUGGGCCUGGAGGUGGUGUAGGGCCUGGUGGUGGUGGCGGACCUGGAGGUGGUGCAGGUCCUGGUGGUGGCGGACCCGGAAAUGGUACAGGGCCUGGUGGUGGUGGUUAUGGAGGUGGCCCUGGAGGUGGUGCAGGGCCUGGUGGUGGUGGCGGGCCCGGAGGUGGUACAGGGCCUGGUGGUGGUGGUUAUGGAGGUGGGCCUGGAGGUGGUGUAGGGCCUGGUGGUGGUGGCGGACCUGGAGGUGGUGCAGGUCCUGGUGGUGGUGGACCCGGAGGUGGUAUAGGGCCUGGUAGCGGUGGUUAUGGAGGUGGGCCUGGAGGUGGUGUAGGACCUGGUGGUGGUGGCGGACCCGGAGGUGGGACAGGGCCUAGUGGUGGCAGUUAUGGAGGUGGGCCUGGAGGUGGUGUAGGGCCUGGUGGUGGCGGACCCGUAGGUGGUGGUUAUGGAGGCGGGCCUGGAGGUGGUGCAGGGUCUGGCGGUGGCAGUUAUGGAGGUGGGCCUGGAGGUGAUGCAGGUCCUGGUGGUGGUGGACCCGGAGGUAGUGCAGGGCCUGGCAGUGGUGGUUAUGGAGGUGGGCCUGGAGGUGAUAUAGGUCCUGGUGGUGGUGAACCAGGAAGUGGUGCAGGGCCUGGCAGUGGUGGUUAUGGAGGUGGGCCUGGAGGUGAUGCAGGUCCCGGUGGUGGUGGACCAGGAGGUGGUGCAGGACCUGGUGGUGGUGAACCAGGAAGCGGUGCAGGGCCUGGCAGUGGCGGUUAUGGAGGUGGUCCUGGAGGCGGUGUAGGUCCUGGUGGUGGUGGACCAGGAGGUGGUGCAGGUCCUGGUGGCGGCGGACCCGGAAGUGGUGCAGGGCCUAGUGGUGGUGGACCCGGAGGUGGCAGUUAUGGAGGCGAGCCUGAUGGUGGUGAACCCGGAGGUGACGGUUAUGGAGGCGGGCCUGGAGGUGGUGCGGGUCCUGGUGGUGGCGGACCUAAAGAUGGUGGUUUUGGAGGUGGGCCUUAUGGUGGGUACGGUCCAAGAUCUCAUGGGUUUGGAGUGAAGCCAUAUUCCAAAGACUUGAAUUAGAGAUAUUUUAUCAAUAUAUAAUAAUUAUGUUUAUUAUGUGAUAGUGUCACAGUGUUUGUUCUUCUUUCAUAUUUGUGUUGCUAUUAAACUGGUUAUUCUUAUUA